CAAGAGAGGGGCUAGCUGCGGGCCGGGGGUAGCGAGUCGAGGCUGCGCAGCUGAAACAUCCAUGGGUGGCUGUGUCGGGAGCCACCACGAUUCCUCAGGCAGCUUAAAUGAGAACUCAGACGGCACCGGAGUGGCUCUAGGGCGUAACCAGCCCCUGAAGCGAGAGCGGCCUAAAUGGAAGAGUGACUACCCUAUGACUGAAGGCCAGCUGCGCAGCAAGAGAGAUGAGUUCUGGGAUACGGCACCAGCAUUUGAGGGCCGGAAGGAGAUCUGGGAUGCAUUGCGGGCCGCAGCCAGCGCCUUCGAGAGCAACGACCACCUGCUGGCCCAGGCGAUCCUUGAUGGGGCCAGCAUCACACUGCCCCAUGGAGCGUUGACUGAAUGCUACGAUGAACUGGGGAACCGUUACCAGCUGCCAGUCUACUGCCUGACUCCUCCCGUCAACAUGAUCGAGGAGCGCUCCGACGAACCUGACCUCUCCGACCCAGACUCCGGGGCAGCGGACCCGUCCUCGGGCAGCACCGGCGACCCUGGCUGCGGUGGGGAGUGCCAGUUACGGCUGCGGCUCUCCACGGGCCGUGACCUCCGGCUGGCCGUCCGCUCCACGGACACGGUGGGCGUGAUGAAGCGCCGUCUUCAGGCGCAGGAGGGAGUGUCCGCCGCAACGCAGCGCUGGUUCUUCUCUGGUCGACCAUUGACGGACCGGCUUCGCCUAGACCAGCUCAACAUCUCCAGAGACUACGUAGUGCAGGUCAUCCUCAGCCAGCCACCACCACCGCUGCCGCAGCUGUCGACUCCAGGGCACACGCAGGGAGCCGCAGGGCCUGCAACUGGGGAGGGAGUGCCCCCACUGCCUCAAGAGCCCACGCCGGUGGAGAACUAGCUAGUGCCAGCCGGGAGACUGGCAUGCCAGUGGACUGGUACAACAUGAGGACAAUGACGAUGGAAGAAGGGAGGAAAGAGAGAGAUGUUUGAUUCUUUCAGCUCUGUUGAAUUUCUCUGCUCUGUUCUGUCCUCUUUCUGUUGUCUCUUCUCUUCUCUCCUGAAAUCUGUCAGUUAUUUUUUGAGGCAUGCUGAGAAGGGUAGAUGGAGGAUGCAUGGAGUGUGGGGAGGUGGCUGUCUGGUGGAGCAAAGGACUCUGGGAUCUGGACGAGAACCUUCCUCCUGGUUUCACAUGUUGACAUUUCUACCUUUUUGAAGUCUUUUUAAAACUGUUCUUGUGGAAACCAAACAACGAAAAGGAGUAGGACUGUCAGAGGGGCAACAAUUUUAAAGGGUUUUUAUAAGCGAUGGUCUUGUUCUUAUGUUUUUGUGGUGCAGUCUCCUCUCAGCUGUUUUACAGCUGGGCUGUGUUGAUGAGAUUCUAUUAAUGUGGCUACAGGGUUAUCAAUGUAUUUCUGAUUCAGCCAAUCCAUGAAAGAGGGGACAACACCAGUAGUUCAGCAGUUGAACAGCAUUUAUUCUUGCUUAUAAGAAAAUGGGUUCAUUUUUUUUUUUUUUACUUUUUCAUUUUCUACUUUGAAUAUACUCCAAGCUACCUUCCCCUGCUGUAGUGGCUUGGUAGAUAUGAAUUGAUGCUGCAGAGCAAAUGGGGAUCAAAGCCCCACCACCCAGAGAACACUUGUCAACACCGUCCCCUGUCUCCUGAAUAUUUACAUCCAAUCACAUGGGGGGGGGGGGGGGCGACUCGGCCUGUGAGCAGCCAUAAAGAAAGAAACCUGCUGUUGCCUGUUAGAAGGUGCAAGGAUUUUGCUGUGAAAUGGUUUGCAGACUGCCAAGUCAGGGGACAUAUCUGGAGUGUUGCUAAAAUGCCACCACUUAGUUAGAUACUGUGUUAUAAUCUACUUGACAGACCUAUCAGACCUGUCAUAUACUUUAACAUUAGUUAACAGCCUGAGUGUGCGUGCGUGCAUGUGUGAACGUAUGCGUUAGGUCACAUCCACACUUAAAUCACAGGGCAAAAGGUUGGAUUUCAAAGACCACGGGUGGAUAUUUUGAUGAAAUAGAAUGUUUUUAAUUAAA